AUCCACCUCACACCAAGCACAAGCGCAUCCAGCGCCAGCUGAUCAGAACCAGCAACCAUGAGUCCCGGGAGAACUCCAUCUGUGUCUCUGCUGCUGUUGCUGCUAAGCCUGGAGGCUGGAGUGAAGGCAGGGAUACCUAGCCCACAAAGUUCAGGAUGUCCAAACACUGAGGGCAAGAACUUCCUCCAGAAUGUGAAGGUCAACCUGAAAGUCCUUGACUCUCUUAGCCCUAAAGUGAAUUCCAGAAGGCCCUCAGACUACCUCAACCGAUCCACUUCGCCCUGGACUCUCCACCGCAACGAGGACCCUAAUCGAUACCCUCCCGUGAUCUGGGAGGCACAGUGCCGCCACCAGCGCUGUGUCAAUGCUGAGGGAAAGCUGGACCACCACAUGAACUCUGUUCUCAUCCAGCAAGAGAUCCUGGUCCUGCGGAGGGAGCCUGAGAACUGCCCCCUCACCUUCCGGGUGGAGAAGAUGCUGGUGGGUGUGGGCUGCACCUGCGUUUCCUCCAUUGUCCGCCACGUGGCCUGA